CGUGAACAUGACGGAGAAGAAGUCGCUGCUGGCCGCGAGCAGCGCUUUGUGCGCCUUGAAGCGCACGUCCUCCACCACCAGCGUGACGUCACACAGCUGCUCCUCGCGGCGGAGCUCAUCAAACCUGCGGAGCACGCGCUGCUCGUGCGAGCGCGCGGCCACCAGCGGCGAGGCUGGUCCUUUCCGAGACAUCUAUGCCCCCCCCCACGAGCAGCUGAGCCGGGAGCCCCUGCAGGAGGAGGAGGAUGAAGAGGAGAUUCAGACGGAGCCUGCAGAAAGAAAGAACGUGGACGGGUUAAAGCUCAAGACGACUGCUGCGACAGCAGAAGCCAUGAAGCGCAUUGCAGACGGGUCGACACCAGGGGAGCCGCAAAAAAGGCAGACUUCACGUUUAAGACAGAGACGAAAGACGCCAGCGGAGCAGAUCCAGGUAAAAGGACGAGUCGUCCCACUUUAUCAACGACAGGAGCCGGUCAAGAGCUUCAACAGCACCUCCAAGCCAGAGAGACACAGCAUGGAGCUGGCAGACGGAGGGCGUACUUCUGGGUUGGCACAAGGCAGAGGGGAUGCACAGAUGAAGACGGUCAGGGUUGCUGUGGUGGGGGCCGGGGUGGUGGGGGUCUCCACGGCGGUCUGCAUCGCAGAGGCGCUCCCCCUCUGCUCCGUCACCCUGAUAGCUGACAGGUUCAGCCCGGACACCACCAGCGACGGCGCCGCAGGGAUCCUGUUCGCCGCAGAGUUUCCAGACGUUCCCAUAGCAACGCAGAGACGCUGGUUCAGGAGCAGCUUCCGGCACCUGCUGGCCAUCGCUCAGUCUGAGGAGGCUCCUGAGGCCGGGGUCACCCUGAGCUCCGGGUGGCAGAUUUUUAAGGAGCUUCCGGAAACGCCGAAGCCCUUCUGGUGGGAUUUGGUGAUCGGUUUCCGGGCGAUGACCAGCGGCGAGCUGCGGCGCUUCCCGGGUCACGCGUGCGGUCAGUUCUUCACCACCCUGAAGUGCGAGUGCCGCUCUUACCUGCCGUGGCUGCAGAGGAGGUUCCGAGGAGCUGGAGGGCGGGUGGAGCGGAGGCGGGUGGGCAGCCUGCAGGAGCUCGGCGGCGACUUCGACCUGCUGGUGAACUGCUCGGGUCUGGGCUCCAGGGCGCUGCUGGGCGACAUGCAGGUGGAGCCGGUCAGAGGCCAGGUCCUGCAGGUGGAGGCUCCGUGGCUGCAGCACUUCAUCCGGGACGGAGACGGGAAGACCUACAUCUACCCGGGGGUCCGCAGCGUCACCAUAGGCGGAACCCGGCAGGCGGGGGACUGGAGGCUGGGGGAGGACCAGACCGACACUGAAGGCAUCGUGGAGCGCUGCAGGAGGCUGGAGCCGUCGCUGAGCAGAGCCAAGGUUCUGGGCUGUUGGGUCGGCCUGAGGCCCGGCAGGAGGAACCCGAGGGUGGAGAAGGAGCUGCUGCAGCUGGGGGGCCGCCGGGUCCCUGUGGUCCAUAACUACGGCCACGGAGGCUGGGGGGUGACCCUGGCCUGGGGCACAGCCGUGGACGCUGUGGAGCUGGUCCGGCAGAGCCUUCAGGAGACGCCUCCUCGGUCCAAACUGUGAGGUUCUGCUGCAGAACCAGAACUUCAAAAAGAACCCCCCCCCCACCAGUAUGUGGGAAAGGUUGUGUAGCUAUGAAACAUGACGAAAACAUGCCUGCUGCUGAUGCAUGCUGGGAAUAAAACAGUCCACAGAGAGACGCUGUUUUAGUUAGAUGAUUUCUGAAUAAAAUUUAUUAAUUUAACAGAAAAACAGGAUUUCUUUCAAAAACUGAAGCUUUAGAAAUAAACGUUUCCAAGUCUUCCUAUAUUUAAGUUUAAUGAAUAAAAACAUUUUAUUAUA